AUGACGGAGCAUUUUUUCGAGGGUAUUGUUUUUGAAUGCGAUAAGGAGAGAGUAAUUUCAGUUUAUUCGCCUCUUACUGGCCUUGUUGAAGUGAAAAAAACUCAGUUUAGCGCGAGAGACAUUCGGCCAAGCUUUGGCAGAUCAUGCAGUUUUCGUUUAAAUUUUAAGAAUGGUUCAUGUUGUGUGACAACGCUUCGUAUAUUGAGUACAUCGCGACUUAAAAUCAUUGAAUCGCCCAGUCUUUUUUUUCAAAGUAUCGGUUUCGUCGUCAAUAAGGUAAAACCUGGUUGCAUAUGGAGUGAUAUUCUUGGAUGUAUUUAUGUCGAAAACGACGCUUUGUUAGAGGAUUUUGAACUAUUUGAUACGAUCAAAUUUACUGCCUACUGCUCAUCAACUAAGAACAUAUUAUUUAAAGCAAAUGCAGUGGAACGUUCUUCCGUUUCUACAUUCCAGUCAGAAGUGCUGAAAUUCAAAAGGUCAGCUACAGUCAAUUCAGAUAACACAAUCAAAAUAUCCGGACUCAAAGUACACCUCAAUCAUCAUCUGGAAAAAUGGUGUCACUUGAAACAGCCCAUAGGAGAAGAUUACGAUUUCAGUAGAAAAAAUGUUUCUAUCAUCUAUUAUCGUCAAUUUAAAGAUCAAAAUAUUGAUGCAGUAGCAUUAUUCAUUACGAAUCGAUCUGAACUUAAAGAAGGAAUAUUUUCGACGGAAAGAAGUAUGGAUUCUCGUAUAAUGUCUUUUGAUAUAUUCAAUGCCGUCGGAGACGAACAGAGUAAUUUCAACUAUAAAAUUUUAGCAAGUGAAAUUGAAAAGGAUUUAAUUAUAGAAGAAUCUUCCAGUAAAGACCAAUGCAAGCAGUAUGAGCAGUAUGACGAGGCAACCUAUUCUGAACAUACCAGUAAUAUUGAAGACAAUGACGAAUGGGGUUUAGAUGCCGAUAUACUCGAUCCACAAAUGUUGAAAUAUAUUAAUGAACGAAUACCAAAGGGAAAGAAAUCGUUUAAUUCCACUAAUGAGAUGCAAAACUUCAAAUCAAACAAUGAAUCAAAUAUUGACGAUUGGAGUCUGACUGCAUCAAGGAGGAUCUUACGUGAGGAUAACGCUCAACAAUCGUUUGAUAAAAAGGAUGGCGAAACAAAUAAUAAUCAUACUGAUGAACAGAAAGUGGAUCGUUUAUGCACAAAUUAUACUAGGAUGAAAAUUAGGAAUGCAAAAUUUUCGAAAUGCUUUGUACGAAAGAAUAAACCAUUUUCGAAUAUUUUUCUUGAUUCUCCUUUAUAUCCUGGACAUAAAAAUAUAAGGAAUUCUAUUACUAUUGUGCCAGCUUUACCAAAUUUUAAUACUGUAAUUAUGAAUGAUAGUGGUUGUGAUGAUAAUUCCAAACAUUCGUUUUUUCGUGAGGUGGAUUCGUUUUUUGGAAUCCUUUUAACUGAUUCUUAUAUUCGGGCGUAUAUCUGUGCUUCACGAAAUGGCAGUUAUCUUUUGCUUGCAAUUUCCGAUUUUCUUUGUCGUAAAAGAAUAACAAAUGUUGAAUUCUAUAAAUGUUUCCCCGAAAAAAACUUACCUGAGACUCUAUCCGAAUUAGAAUAUUUUGAAAUAAUGUGUGCGUUGAUUUGUGACAGGCUUAUGCAGAUUCAUGGUUUCAGUCAAAUACUUCGUUUCAAUUUACGGCUAACACCUAUUUUAAGAAAGAUGCUACUUUCUCAAUAA